AUGUUCCUCGGCAAGCCGGAGGGGGAGCCGAGCGAGCUGCGGAGGAGCGUGGAGGAGGCCAGCGGCACGCCGGAGCCGCUGGAUGAGGAGCUCUCCAAGAAGAAGCACCGGCGCAACCGGACCACCUUCACCACCUACCAGCUGCACGAGUUGGAGAGGGCCUUUGAGAAGUCCCACUACCCCGACGUCUACAGCCGGGAGGAGCUGGCCAUGAAGGUCAACCUGCCGGAGGUUCGGGUUCAGGUUUGGUUCCAGAAUCGGCGCGCCAAAUGGCGCCGUCAGGAGAAGAUGGAAGCCACCGCCAUGAAGCUUCACGACACCCCCGUGCUGUCCUUCAGCAGGCCCCCGAUGGCGGCCAACAUGGGGCCGAUCGGCAACUCUCUCCCCUUAGACCCGUGGCUGACCUCGCCCAUCUCCAGCGCCACCACCAUGCACAGCCUGACGGGGUUGAUGGGGCCCAGCCAGGCCCUCCAGCCCACCUACCCAGCCCACGCCUUCCUCAAUAACCCCCCCGCCCUGCCCCAGAGCAUGCAACCCAUGGCGCCUAUGGCCUACCAGUGCGCCACAACUUUUGUGGACAAGUACCCCUUGGAGGACCUCGACCAGCGGAACUCCAGCAUCGCGUCGCUGCGCAUGAAAGCGAAGGAGCACAUCCAGACCAUAGACAAAACCUGGCAGCCCAUUUGA